AUGGUCUUUCCAUUUCUCAAGCUCGCAGCGGAGCUGCGCAACCGUAUCUACUACUUCUUCGCCGUCCACGAGGAAAGACACGUACGGAUUCGCAAGGCCGAUGAAGUAUCUGGGGUCUUCGCUGGGCUUACGGGCGUUUCCCAACAAGUGAGAAGCGAAUAUCGACCGAUACAGCGCAGCGUGACUCAUGUCACUAUAUGCUGCAAUGAUAUCAACGACUUUGUCAACACCUUCCUGACAACAGAUCAAGACCGCGUCCAUCCUUUCAAAUCUAUCUGCAUCUCGGAGCAAAACUGGACUACAAAGUCACAGGAUCUCUUGCCUCUUGUCAAGGCAAAGGUCGCAAAUUCUGCCUUUUGGUGCAGGUUCGAAGCGGAUGUAGAUCAGCGCGAGGGCGAUUCAUCGUUGCAAACUUUCGGUCGCAUCCAACAAAUUGAGUACCAGAGAGGUUGCGUCACGGCGCUGAACGAAAUGCUGAACAACGAAAACGCAUGUUGGAGAGACAAGAUAAUGAAUGACGAGAUCACUGCGCUCAGACUAUAUAUCUGGGCCUUGCCUUUUCAUGGCCUUCAUGUGUCUUUCGGGUCCGGUCACAUUCCCCAGGGUAUCAUCGCGUUUCGUACAGGUGAUGAUAAAGAAAAGUUGGCGGAGUUCUUCAACCAUAUGUGGAAAUCUUGGGGGUUCAGUCCUGACUUUAGGAAGUUCCUUGUGGUCAAACACUGCGAAGACGGAAUUGAUAUUGGCCAUUAUUGA